AUGAAGCAGAAGGAAGGUAAGUGGCAGAAGAGAGGGUCCAUAGGGACUGACCCAAAUGGGACCUCCGAGCAAGGAAUUUUGCAGGGUUUGCAUGGACUCCGGGACAACACUGAAUUAACCGGGAAAUUUGAAUUCAACCCAAAAGAUGGGAUCGAUAACCCGGUGCUAUCCCUGGCAGAAGAUGCAGAGCCGGAGGAAGCUUUGCAGCCCCGUUUCUGCUCUCUGAAGAAGGAAGAUGGUGAGAACUUUGGGUUUGUGUUGCGCCACGAAGCUGGGCAAAGCGGGCACAUCAUCCGCCGAGUGACGCCAGGAGGCCUGGCUCACCGGAGAGGUCUGCAGAACGGUGACCGAAUCCUUGAGGUUAACGGAGAUUAUGUUGAAGGCAUGGAGCAUUUUAAGGUAAUUUGGAGGAUCAAGCGCAGUGGGAAGCAGGUUUCGCUCACCGUUUUGGAUGGCAAUGCCUACGAACUGGCCAAAGCCCUCGGCCGAGAUGCCGCCCAGCUCCUGCCGGCUCACAAAAAGCCACAGUUGUGCUGUAUCACCAAGGACCAAAGCGGCUUUGGCUUCAGUGUUUCGUCUCCUGAAGGGGUGAAGGGCACAUUCCGGCUUUCGGUGCCAAAGGAUGGGCCAGCUUAUAAGGCAGGAGUCCCAGAUGGCACGUGGCUUUUGGAGCUCAAUGGCAUCAGCGUGGAGAGAUGGACUUCUUCCCAACUGAACAAAAAGCUCAAACACAGCAGCAACCCAAUGGGACUCUUGGCGAUCGAUGCCGAAUCGGAGGAAUUCUAUCGCCAGCGGGGCAUUAAAGUCACCGCUGCCAUGGCUGAGGCGCCCCUGGUUCCAUUUGAAGUGAGGAAACUGGAGAUGGUGAGGGGUCCGGACGGCUAUGGCUUCUUGCUGAAAGAAGAAAAAUGUUGCUCUGGGAAGAGAGGGCAGUUUUUGAGAGAGGUGGAUGCUGGGCUUCCGGCCGAGAAGGCAGGGAUGAGGGACGGCGACCGACUCCUGGCCAUAAAUGGGGAGAACGCUGAGGAUCUGGACCACCAGGAGAUGGUGCUGAGGAUCCGGGCCGACAGCAGUCGGGUGACCCUCCUGGUCAUUGAUGCGGAAGGGAGCAAGUUCUACGAUUUGGUUGGAGUGUCACCUCUCCUUUUCUACAAUGAAACAGACCCUCCAUCAGCACAGCUCCCGGAUCCCACCAUCUCUCUUCCCAGCAUGCUUCAGGAAAACAACAUCCCUGCCAUGACAGCCUGCCUCCGCCACCCACGGACAGCUUCCCAUGGCAAUGAAUGGCCACCCCUUCAACCUGGUGAAGAUCCGUGGUCUUCCACGCAAGAGGGCCAUGAUGGACUGACCCAGGCAUUUUAG